AAAAAGUGUGUGUGUGUGUUUUGGGGAGGGAGGAAGAAACCUUUUUUCUUUUUCUUUUUUUCUUUUCUUUUUUUGAGGUUUGAAGCAUGAGCUUUUUCUACAUAAACCUCUGCUCAUUUACAGUUUAUAAUCAACAAGAAAGUCACUAAAAUUGUGACAAACCCCCAAAAUCAAGGAGAUUUACAUUUAAAGAACAGAUCUGAUAAAUAUGCUCAGUAUACUGCAGAAUAAUAUUAUAGUAAUCCUCUCAAUCUUCCAUAAAUACAUCUGUCUGCUAGUUCCUAGGUCUACUGCCAUGUAUCAGAUACAGAGACCCAGAUUCCUCAGGAUGCCCCUUUUCAGGACUCACUAUCUGUGUAUUGUGAAUGAGCUGCCUGCAAAAUUUUGGUAAAAAUAAUUAAAAAUAGGCUUGCAUUCCGGGGAAGUAAAGAGCUUUUUCAUAAAAAUCCUUUCUUUUAACCUUUUCUCAGUUCUAAAACCAUGAGCAUGGUGUUGAAACACACGUUAUUUAAAAAUAAUUCUGAAACAGUUUGUUCUAGUGCUGAGACAGCAAAUGCUAAGUUUCACCCCAAUUAUAAAUCCUUUAAAUUUGGUUACGUAAUUGAAAAAGAGAUUUGUAAUAGAAUCACCAAAACAUUUUUCAAUACUGAUAAAUUUGCUCCUUUUGUCCCACAAUCAAGAGACCUUACCAUUUUAAAAAAAAAUCAGUUUGUACGGUUUGGAUUAAAUAAAUCUCCAGCCAAUAAGCUAAAUAGAUAGGAUGAAUUGACUUGACUUUUGGCUGAACUUUCCUUCAUCCAUACACACACACAUCACACUUUAUCCAAACACAACUAAUUAUAGAGCAUUCUGCUGAUCUCAUUUUUUCAAGGCAAUUCGAUAUUUAAACAAUUAAACAAGUUCAGAGGAAGAAGUAUUUAAAUAAUUAACACCACAGCCAAUAGUGCUCUAUCACAGUUGAGAACGUUGUAAAUAGAAUAUUUUGGAAGAUGGUUGUGCACGUGAUGGAAAACUUGGCCAACGAUAAAAACAGAUCUGAACUUAAAUUGACAUACCAUUCAAGAGAAUGCAUUAUUUAAAUGUGUGCACUGUAUUUUGUCAGAGCAAUUGAACUUUAUCACCAGCGAAUUCAGUGGUUGUUGGAGGACAGCAGAAAGGUGUUCGGCCUUAUAAAAGGGAACAAAGUUGGACUCCUGGUUGAUGUAUCGGAUAUAAGUUGUGAACCUCGACUAUUUGAGUUCCAGAAAGACCUUUUGUGUCUAAUAGAUGAACAGCUGUGUUAUAAGAAGCAGUUAUAUUUCCUCUCCUUUGGUACUGAGAUUUCAUCUCUAUGGGAGAAUCCAACUAACGUCAAUGUGCGCAUCCUAGAUGAAGCAAGACAGUGGGUGCAGGAGCUGCAACCCAGUGGAGGCUGCAAUUUGCUGAAAGCUUUAAAGAAGGUCCUUACAAUGAGGGAACUGAAUUCAUUGGUUCUUAUUGUAGGAAGCUGCCCCGAUCAAUCUUCGGAAAUAUUAUCUGACUAUAUUCAGCAGUGUACCGUGGGGAGAAAGCUGCUGAUACACACCAUUACGUAUGAGUGUAGCAAUCAUGUUCCUCCUGCUGUUUUAAAGAACCUUGCGGAAGUUGUUGGAGGCCGUUAUCACUGUUAUUCUUCAAAGAGUGAGAAUUACGAUAGUAGCGAUGUUUAUCUACUGCUUUGUGAAUCCCAAAAAGCUAAGAAUAUUCUCAGCAGCAUCAAAGAAACUUUCCAGGGAAGGAUUGGUGAUUCAGUUAUUGGUAGAGUACAAGAUAUUUCCAAAGAAUUUACCAAGUUGAUGCCUGCUAGUUUCCUACCCAAGCCUCCGAAGCAUGAAGAACCUCUUGUUAUACAAAUGCCAAGCUUCCUGGCCAAAACCUCAGCAGCCUGGUUAAAGACAAAUGGAUUGAAAGCCAAGAAGUUAAGCCUUUAUCAAGUUUUGGCUCCUAAUGCUUUUUCACCUGUGGAAGAAUUUGUGCCUAUUCUUCAGAAAACAGUGUCAUCAACUCUGCAUGAGAAAGCAAUGAUGCAGUUUGAAUGGCAUGAUGGGACUGUGAAAAAUGUUCACGUGGACCCACCAAUAUUAUAUGACUAUCAGAAACAGCUUGAUAGAAUGGUGAGAACGUAUGAGAGGCGAAUAGACUGGCUUUCUAUCGCUAGUAGAAGAAUAUGGGGAACUGUUUGUGAACGGAGGGUUGUUAUACUUGUUGAUAUCUCAGUAACAAAUUCCUUGUACAUCAUUCAUAUCCAACAUUCCCUGCGACUUUUACUUGAAGAACAAAUGUCAAACAAGGAUUUCUUCAAUAUUAUAGCAUUUGGAAGUGACAUCAAGUCUUGGAAACCAGAAAUGGUUCCUUCAAAUCCAGAAAAUUUACAAAGUGCCUGGAGAUGGGUGUUGAGCCUGCAGUGCAAAGGCAGUAGAAAUUUCAUGAGUGCUCUAAGAAGAGCAGUGGAAGUAGACCUCAAAGAUAAAGACAAACAUGUAUCUCAAGGACUUUAUCUGCUUACCACUGGAGUUCCUGACCAGGAGAUGCAUGCAGUUAGUACUUACGUGGCCGAUGUCUGUGGAGGUUGUGAUUUGCAGCUUCAUGUCUGUCUGUUCAGUGUAAAUGGUUUUGACCCCAAUGGCAUUAUUCCAUCUCGUUAUGCCAGUCCAAAUGAAACCGCCAGCACGUUUAGAGAAAUAGCACAUGCUGCCAAUGGAAGGUUUCAUUGGUUUGGAGAAACAGGCAUUUAUGAAAGUGAUGAUAUCAGUAUUAUUGUGUCUGAAAUGGAAAAAGCAGUCAACUACUCCCAAAAGUGUGCCUUGCUGGUGGAAUCCUUAAAGCAACGUUCAGGAACUCAGUUGGUUAAUCAGUUUAUCCCAGAAGAAGAUUUAAAGAUGCUCUUAAAAAAGGAGAGAACUAGAGCACAGAAAUUGCUGCCUCCUAAACCUACAGCUCUCACUCUGGCUAGAAUGAAUAUCAAAGACAAUCAUGAGGGGGAAAAAAAUGCUGCCUUAAAAGCUCUGACAUGGCGUCCAACUAGUGCCAAAGCAGAAAUCCCACCACCUCAGCCGAUAAAAGAAUGGACUCAGACUUCUGUGAAGAAGAAACAUAAAUCAAGAAAACAGUCACAGAUCUCCCUCUCAGUAUUUUAUAUUGACAAAGGAAAAAAUGUGGGUGCAGUUUACAGAAAGUAUCCAAAGAAAAAAAGCAUGAGGAGGUCUGUUCCUGUUGCUACACUGCCAAAGGAAGAGGAAAUAUGUUCAAGCAAAGAGUGGUUGAACAAGUACAGUAUAAAAAAGUUGAAGUUAGACUUGCCCAGAAUUAUGUUUGGUCCCAACUGUGUUCACCAAAAGAAAAUGGUGGAGUCUUUGCACAAGAAAGUGUCAGCAAAAUACUGUACCAUCUUCCCCAGUGUGGAAAUCAAUGGUAUUGUGAAACACCUACAAUUUCAGCCUAAGGAACUAGAAGACUAUGUUGAACAAAUGGAGAGGGUGUUACGUUGCUAUAUACGAAGAAUACAGUGGCUUCUCUCAGGAAGCCGGCGAUUAUUUGGCACCAUUUUGGAGACAAAAGUAUGCAUCUUGAUUGAUACAUCUGGUUCCAUGGACCCUUAUUUGCAACAGGUCACAAAAGAGCUUACCUCCCUCAUCUGGGAGCAGCUAAGAAAGAAUAAUGCUAGGUUUAACCUGCUGAAAUUUGCAGAAGAUAUAGACACUUGGCAGGAGUUUCUUGUAGAGGCUACAGAUGAAACAUGUCAUGAUGCUGUACAAUGGGUGUCAAAAUUCCAAGCUCAUGGCAAUACAUGUGUCCUUAAGGCUUUGCAGAAAGCUUUCUGUUUUCAAGAUCUAGAGGCACUGUAUGUUCUGACCGAUGGAAAGCCAGAUACCAGCUGCAGUCUCAUUCUAAAAGAAGUUGAAAAGAUUAGAAAGAAACAAACUAUUAAAAUCCACACCAUUUCUUUUAACUGUUCAGACAGAAGAGCUAAUGAAUUUCUGAAGAAGCUGGCCUCUCAAACAGGAGGACGCUACCAUCGCUGUAUUGGAGAUAUGGAUGGACAGUUAGCAGCACACAGAAUGUUGACAGAAGGGUUUGAUGAUGAUGAUGAUCCAGUUUUUCCUUUCUUCGAAGGAGAUGAUUUAAAGAAACUUGCUCAAGAAGUAGCAAAAGCCAGAAGCUUUUUAAUGCAGGCAAAAUCUUUUAGGUUGCUAUUAGAAAAAUGGAAUUUGGACCAAAAGGACAAUUCUUUUUUUAAAAAAAAUCCUCAGUUAUUGUAACAGACUCCAGAUAUGAUCCUUGAUGGGUAAAAGAGACGGACUAUCAUC